GAUCUCAGGCAUCGAAGGCCACUCUCUCUUCCACGCUCAUUCCUUCUCCAUUAUCAUAAACAAAAAACUCAUGGCUUCUUUGAUGACAUCAUCUUGCAAUUAUAAUCAACUCUGUCGUAGAAAUACAUUCAAUCGAGCUUCAUUAUCAGGACUUGGGGAGCCUCAAUUAUCUCCAAGAAAAGCUUUUCGUGUUGCUAUGUUGAAGAACCGAUUUGCUGAUAUAAUUUUCAAGGCACAAGAAACGCUUAACAUAAAGAGAGAAAGAAAAGGUGAAGCUAGGAUGGAACCAAAAAAAGGUUUUAUUGGAAAGCCAGAAAUCAAAAAACGAAGAUUUGAAAGUCAAGUGAAUGGUUAUAAAAAUGGAAUUAUAGAAAAGACAAAUUCUAAACUCAAGGCAAAUAUUACACUUAAAAAUGAUUCAGCUAUUGUUCCACCAGAGAAGGAAAAAAUAAAUCGAGCUGAAAUGCAAUAUGAAAAAGAGGAUUUCACAGAAAAAGAACAAACAAAAAAAAGAAAAAUAGCAGUUCGAACUGAAACUGCUAAACUAGAUAUCGAUAAAGUAGAUCUUGAACAUAAAAUGAAGAUUGAAAAAGAAAGGGAGGCAGCUCGACUCGAACUAGAGAAGGUGGAAGCUUCAAUUUAUAUUGAUGAUUUCAAUCAUACGCAUAAAGAGUUCAUGGUGCUCAUUUGUUCUCAAUCAAAUGGGUCAAAUGUUUAGAUACUUUGCAAAUCCAUUAAAA